AUGGCUGGUUUCGUGACGGCGAAUCGCUGGGCAACGGGCGUUGAAACUCACAAAACUUCAGAGGGAAGGAUUUUGUGUACGGGAGUCGGCUGUGUAGGAUGUUUUCCUGAUGUGUAUUUGAAAGAGGCUGAGGAACUUGGGGUCUGCGACGUUGAUCUUCCGAGUGGCAUUUUAGGCCUUCGGCCUUUCUUAGACGAAGAAAGUUCCCGGGAAAACUCGAAAAAGGGGAAACAUUUGUCCAAGAGACGGAAGAGGAUGAAAACAAAGUCAAGGGUCAAAACAGAGACAAAUUUCAAGGAGAAAGAGUCCGUUGAGGAAGAUCUGGGAGGAUUCGAAAUUUCCGGAGACAAAUCUGGAGGAGCUUUACCUUCGGAAGUAUCCAAAAUAUGUUCAACUGGGACGCAGACGGAAACGUCCAGUGCAGGCAUUGAUUCUCAAAUUAAACUUUCAGAAAACUUCAGGGACCGAUCCAAACAAUAUGAACACUCCUUUCAAGAAGAAAACCACUCCGACACACAGCUACACCUGUCUGAUUAUCAGAGACAAGUUGGUGCUAAUCGUAGCAUUGUCGAAGUUGACGACAAUGUAAACACAACACACAGGAAUGUACAGGGUUUGUUUAAUUAUCCAUUCUUCUCGAGAUUCGACAAAAUCCAUGAUGAAAUGUAUAUUGUGAGUAGGAAAGACAUCGCACUUAACACUUCUGAUGAUCAUUUUCCUUCGAAAGACAAUAUUGCGAUGAAAAAGAAGCUAAAUAACGGCGAGAUCACGACAGACAGAGAGGAUGCAGUGUGCUUUUUCUUCGCUUUAGAGUACUACAACAGGCAGAGAAUUUUACCAGAUUUCAGGGUUAUGGAAAUCGUGGAGGCACUCAUUGAAAUGGUGGAUAUCAAGGACAUAAAGUGUGUUCUAAGAAUUUCUUGUCGGUGGCAUAUUGUGAUAAAAACUCGAAAAUACAUCCAAAUGUUAAGACACUCAGGACUGAAGUUAAGAGGAAGGGUGUAUAAACUUGUGGAUGACACGGAUGCCUAUUUUGAUGUAGUUCAAUAAAAUGCGAAAGUAGUGUCUUAUGGCUCGAGUGAGGAUUCCCAAUGACCUGACUGAGUCAUUUUGAAUCAUGAUUAUUACGAAGCAAGGUUAGGCUGCCAUGGCAACAUUUAUGUCUUCGAAGGCAGUCGCGAGUCUCUCGCUUCUUCCUGAAAAGGUAUAGUGUAAGCAGAAUGUUAUGUAUUCAAAUUCAGAUGAUUCUUGAUUGGUGAAGUAAUCAAUAACCAGGAUUAAAAAAAAAAGAACUCUUUUUAAGCGGCACUCUCGGAUCCAAAGAUAGUCCAACAAUUGUUACUUUCAACGAUUGGUGUUUCAAAGCAGAGCAAAUGAAGGUGCUAGAAAAUGGCUCCGCUGCUCUUUAUAGUAGCCCUCCCACUCAGAACUACGAGAAGAACACACAAGCUAUCAUCAAUGAGUUCUAGUAUAUCUUAAGUUUGCACAAUCAGAAUGACAUUACCGCAGAACGCAGAGGAACUGUAAAGGUCUCUUUGAGGUGGUGGGCGAGGGACAAAGCUAAGAGCUUUCAAAAAUGAGGUGGAACAACCCUAUG